CUUUUUUUCUAACAGAUAAACAAGAAAAAGCACAUAUUGCUAAACAAACAUUACAUGGAGGCGUGGUUUAUGAUCAUUGUAACAGCAUGCCUUGCUGCUGUGCUUAAGCCUUUGAUUACUUUGAUAUGCUCAAAAUCCAAGUCAAAAAUUCCUCCAGGACCUCGAGGUUUUCCCAUCAUAAGCCGCAUCCAAUGGCUCGGGAUAUCAUCAACAGAACUGGAAGCUGCACUCAGACGAUUCUGCUCCAAGUUUGGCCCUAUUGUUACGUUACCUAUUGGUCGAUUUCCAGUCAUCUUUAUUUCUAGCCGUACUUUAGCUCACCAGGCCUUGGUACAUGAUGGGGCUGUAUUUGCUGACCGUCCUAAGCCACUCCCUACUGCUAUGAUUAUCAGCAGUAACCAGCACAAUAUAAGUUCAGCAAGUUAUGGGCCUAAUUGGCGACUAUUUAGGCGAAAUCUGACUGCUCAGAUUCUGCACCCUUCUAAGGCUAAGGAUUUUUGUCAUGCUCGAAAUUGGGCUCUCGAAAUCCUCCUCAACAGUCUAAGGGAAUCCAGUGGUAGUAAUCAUGAUAAUGCUAUUAAGGUGAUGGAUCACUUUCGGUUUGCUAUGUUCUGCUUGCUUGUUUUCAUGUGUUUUGGAGACAAGCUAGAUGAAUCUCAGAUCAAAGAGAUUGAAGCAAUUCAGCACACAUUACUGACAUCUUUUAAUCGCUUUCAAAUACUUAACCUGUGGCCUUCAGUGACUCGAGUUCUGCUGCGAAGUCGUUGGAAUGAGUUGUUUGAGAUGAGGAAAAAACAAGAAGAUAUAUUAGUUCCUAAGAUUAGAGCACGGAAGCUCCUGCUGGAGGAGGCUAAAAUCCCUGACGUUCAGAUUCAGAACAGGUUGGUUAAUUGUUAUGUGGAUAGCUUGUUGAUGAUGGAGAUCCCAGAAAUGGACAGCAAGAGAAAGUUAAAUGAGGAGCAACUGGUGAGUUUCUGUUCUGAAUUUCUUAAUGCUGGAACUGAUACAACCUCGACAGCCCUGCAGUGGAUUAUGGCCAAUCUUGUCAAGUACUCGGAAAUUCAGGCUAAGCUUUUUGAGGAAAUAAAAGGAGUUGUUGGAGAACAAGCUGCAGAAGUUGCGGAAGAUGAACUGUCAAAGAUGCCUUAUCUGAAGGCUAUAGUAUUAGAGGGACUCAGGCGACACCCCCCAGGUCACUUUGUUCUUCCACAUACUGUUACCCAUGAUGCAGAGUUGGGUGGGUACACAGUUCCCAAGAACGCGAUCAUAAAUUUUAUGGUUGCUGAUAUAAAUAUGGAUCCUGAGGUGUGGGAGGAUCCGAUGCAAUUCAAGCCUGAGAGAUUUUUAUCUGCUGAGGGGAGCUGUGAAGAAUUUGAUAUUACAGGAAGCCGGGAAAUUAAGAUGAUGCCUUUCGGUGCAGGCAGGCGGAUUUGUCCAGGACUCGGCUUGGCCAUGCUUCAUUUGGAGUAUUAUGUGGCCAAUCUAGUCUGGAACUUUGAAUGGAAAGCUGUGGAUGGAGAUAAUGUGGAUUUAUCUGAGAAGCAAGAAUUCACUACUGUGAUGAAGUAUCCACUCAAUGUCCAUAUUUCUCCUAGGCACAAGUAAAUAUAAUAGCCCUUUAUUUUACUAUCUGAUCUUAGUUGAUCUUGCUUAUUAGCUGUGUAGCUCCUAGUAAUUUACCCGUCAAACGGGAAAAGCUACUAGAAAUUUGCAUUUUUGCAGCAUUGUGGUUAUUCUUGAUCUUAAUUGUCCUUUUUUUCAAUAAUUAUCAUGUCCUUAGUAUAUAAUCAUAAUACUCUCUCUUAGUAUA